AUUUGUCUAGCCCAUCACACUUUUUUCCGAGAAAAACUUUACAUUAUUUUCCCGGAAAGUUAUUCAAUGGUGGAUCCCGCACAACAUUAUUUUCUUGUAGUUGCCGUCUCCUCCUUGUUUAUCUGCCCUCAAAGUUGUUUCUUCAUCCCUAAGCCUCCCUCAAUUUUUUUUUUUUAUUUUUUUUUUUUACUCUGUUUUUCUGAUUCUCUCCACUGAAGCCAUGGACUUGGGUGGAGAAAAACAGGUCCAGAAAAGAAGAUUCAAGCUAGAAGAAGAUCAAUCAACAAGAAGAAAUGGGAUGGAGUCUCUGCCACGCGACAUCGCCCUCGACAUACUUUCAAGGCUGCCCAUAACAUCUGUCAUUCAAUCCAGGUUCGUAUGCCGAUCUUGGAACAUGUUAUCACAUGAUCCACAUCUUGUUAAUCUCCAAUUCUCAGAGACAGCUAACAACACUCCAUACCUCAUUUUUCACUCCGAUUAUCCCAUCCGAAACCAACUCUACUUCGUAGAUUUUACUGAUCAAGAUGACACACACAAGAUGAAGGAGAAGGUGAAAAAGAUUAGAAUCCCUUUUUGGUCCGACAUGCCUGAGUUCUAUGUUGUAGGCUCAUGUAAUGGCUUAUUAUGCUUGCUCGAUUCCUUGUACAAGGAUGCUCUACAUGUGUAUAACCCUUUUACUAGGGACUACAAAGAGCUUCCUAAAUCUGUUAAAUUUCAAGAACAGGAGGCUGUGUUUGGAUUUGGGUUCCAUCCGGUAACCGGAGAGUACAAGGUGGUCAAGGUAGUGUACUACAGGCAUGGGAAUUGUGGAUCAUUGGGUGCUCGGAGGUUCAGAAUCCGUGACUAUUCACAAUCAGAGGUUCAGAUUUAUAGCCUGGGGAGCAAUUCAUGGAGAAGUAUUGGGAAAGCACCCUACCAGUUCGAGAGGCGAUCAUCGGAAGCUCUGGUGAACGGAAGGCUUCAUUGGGUGACUCGUCUGGGCAGAUACCACGGAGCUCGUGGCAGAAUCAUAGUCUCAUUUGACAUAGCGGAAGAGCAGUUUCUGGAGGUCCCAAGACCUGAAUGUGGUGGCCUAAAUCGGUGUAACUAUCGCCUAACAGUUCUUGGAGGGUGUCUCUCUGCAGUUGUUUAUUGCAACUAUGGGAAAUUGGAGAUAUGGGUUAUGAAAGAUUACAGUGUGAAAGAGUCUUGGAUCAAAGAAUUCAACAUUGCAGCUUAUUCGCCGAAGCUGAUGAAUCAAGAAUUGCAGCAAUCAUAUGGGAUUUGGAGGAACAUUUUGAGUGGGAAAGGAGCUCGAGUUCUGUGCCUGUUGAAGAAUGGCAAUCUUUUGAUAGAAUAUAAAGGUGGAGUUAUAGUUUCUUAUAAUCCAGAGAGCAGAAAAUUUAAGAAUCUAACGUUUCAGGGGAUGCCAAAUUUGUUCCAAACGGUGGUUCAUGUGGGCAGCCUUAAUUGGAUUGAUAACCCCAUUGGUAUGUAGUAGUAACAUACAACAAAAACAACGUAGCUUUUUUUUUCCUGUGCUUGUGUUUCUACUUUCUUGCUAGAACUAUAAUACCUGUGCUGUGUUCUUGUUUUUCUGCAUCGUCUUUGUACCAGUUGUAUGAUUUGGAAUUGUUGGUAGCUCUCAUGAGUUGUGUAAAUACACAAAUACAGACUUUCAUUGUUAGUUAUAAUGUUUGGAAAUUUCACUCAUUAGUGUAA